CCGACCGCGUCCUGUCAGCGGCCGCACCGGGAUAGUCGUCGCUGCCGACCCGGGAGCCGUCGCGCUGACCAUGACGUCACAGCCGGCUUGGGGUCUCACGGCGGCGGCGGCUGCGAUCCAUCCCGUGAUUCCCCGCGGCGGCCCCGGCUCUGUUGAUACUAAUCAGUUGAUGCAUCUGAUUGAUGAAUUUGGAGACACGGCUUCAUCAUCUCUAUCGAUUUUCCUAUGAUUUAUUUCCCAGCCAACACAACACGGAGACAAAUCCAUAAGGGACGAGGUUUUUCUUGAGUAUCUGUGGAGGGAGAUGACUAAAUUGAACGUGGAACCCUGCUACAGUGGAUACCCUGGAGAGUCGCAGUGUCGAAGUGCUUCGAAGAUGUUCCAGAGCCUGGAAGCAGUGAGUUUCAAUGAUGUGCAUGUGAACUUCACUGAAGAAGAGUGGAAUUUGCUGGAUUCUUCCCAGAAAAAUCUCUACAAAGAUGUGAUGCUGGAGACCUACUGGAACCUCACUGAUAUUGGCUAUAAUUUGGAAGUCCAUCAUACUGAAGAACAACAUCAAACUUCUAGCCGUCAUGAAAGACAUAAAAGAACACAUACUGGAGAGAAGCCUCAUAAAUGUAAUCAAUGUGGUAAAGCCUUUUCAUGUCACAGUGGUCUCCAAAGACAUAAAACAACACAUACUGGAGAGAAACCUUAUGAAUGUGAUCAAUGUGGUAAAGCCUUUUCAUGUCACAGUAGUCUCCAAAGACAUAAAAGAACACAUACUGGAGAGAAACCUUAUGAAUGUAAUCAGUGUGGUAAAGCCUUUUCACAACACAGUAGUCUCCAAUAUCAUAAAAGAACACAUACUGGAGAGAAACCUUAUGAAUGUAAUCAAUGUGGUAAAGCCUUUUCACAACACAGUCAUCUUCAAAGUCAUAAAAGUAGACAUCUUGGAGAGAAGCCUCAUGAAUGUAAUCAAUGUGGUAAAGCCUUUUCACAUCACAUUAGUCUCCAAUAUCAUAAAAGAACACAUACUGGAGAGAAACCUUAUGAUUGUAAUCAAUGUGGUAAAGCCUUUUCAUAUCACCGUCAUCUCCAAUAUCAUAAAAGAACACAUACUGGAGAGAAACCUUAUGAAUGUAAUCAAUGUGGUAAAGCCUUUUCACAACACAGUAGUCUCCAAUAUCAUAAAAGAACACAUACUGGAGAGAAACCUUAUGAAUGUAAUCAAUGUGGUAAAGCCUUUUCACGUCACAGUAAUCUCCGAAGUCAUAAAAGAACACAUACUGGAGAGAAGCCUCAUGAAUGUAAUCAAUGUGGUAAAGCCUUUUCACGUCACAGUAGUCUCCAAUAUCAUAAAAGAACACAUACUGGAGAGAGACCUUAUGAAUGUAAUCAAUGUGGUAAAGCCUUUUCACAACACAGUCAUCUCCAAAGACAUAAAAGAACACAUACUGGAUAG